AAACAAGGCGUAAAACUACUCUAGAAUCCCAGAAUAAGACAAGGCAUACACAACUAUACGAUUUGCUUGUGCUUUGAUCACUUUGCUGGAAAUAUCACGACCGUUAUCGUAACUAUUUUAGGGGCAAUAUGGAAAUUGUCUACUCAGUUGUUUGCUUCUGUCUAUUGCUAGCCUUUGCUGUCGCUAAUCCUGUUGAUGAAGAAGGGCCUUGCUUCGAUUUCAACGCGAACUCCUACAUUCAUUUUACUCCAAACAACUUUCUCAAUAAUGGCAGCAUCCACUACAGUCUUAAGUUCAGGACUACACAACCCAACGGACUCCUCCUGUACGCUUCCGGUCGUUUCGGAGACGAAGAAGCUCUCUUUAUUCAGGCUGGGAAACUGACGUAUCAUUUGUUCAACACAAGUCCCACGGGAGUUGAGGGCUACUUUGGCGGAUUUUUCCAAACUCGGGAGAACGUCGACACUGGAGAUUGGAUAACGGCACAUGUGUACCGUAUGUAUGAGGUGGAGGACAUCUUCCAGAGGCGCUCCCGGGACCAGACAGGCCUUGUGGUAGAGAUCGGUGAUCAGGUAUACAGAUACGUUGACUAUCUGGAACGUGACGACAUUAGCAUCCAGCCUACCGUCUAUAUAGGUGGCUUCAGGGAACCACUGAGCGAAACCGUGGGUUUUUUCCGGGGACAGAUCAAGGACAUCCGUGAGGCUAAGAACAAGAUGCUGUUUGAUGAGCCGUCACUCAACUUCAGGUCCAGAGUAGGACGCAACUGCUUCCAGUUCAAUCCUCAGUAAUGAGGCACUGCGCACCGCCUGUCAAAGGGCUGCGCUAGCUGUGAGUGGGCUGAUCGGCCGCCCUCCGUAAACUGGCUUUCCACAUUAUCUCUCUGUACAUUACUACAGAAGUCGGUUUACGUAGAGCGUAACUUCGGCGCACGUAUUUUAACAUUGCCCCUGGAAAUCCCACUAACGGAUAUGUGACCAUAUAUGGGAUUGCAAAUGGGUCAAAUGACAAUGUGAAGAAACUCACUUAUCACAGAGAAAAGAAAAGAAACAAAAGAAAGAGCGAAAUCGGAAAGUGAAGGUGAGAAAGGUAACAGCUUUAUUCUGCCCACAAAAAAAACAUUUGGAAGGUUAAAGGAAAGGACAAAAGUAAGGAACAGAAUGAGUAGAGAAGUAAAAAGAAAAAGAGAAAAGGAAAACCUAUAUACACGAAGAGAAAGGAGAAGGUGGAAGUUGAGUCGAACGUGCGGAGCAAAAAAACAGCCACAUGAUAACAUAUCCGAUACAGUUUGGUAGAUUGGGAAAACGUACUGUCAUGUUGCCACCCUAACACUUAAGAAAAGAUAAGAUCAAGAUAAUACUGUAUUAUCCCAGAGGGAAAUUUUUCUUGGCUGCACAGGGCCGUAAAAAUACAUGCAGGUAGAUAUAUACAUUUAGAUUAUUAAAUUAUAUAUUACUCUCAUUAAAAUUCAAUAUGAAAAGAGAAGUAUAGCUGACAAAAUGUACUUUCACAUCAGAUGCAUCGUUUAACCACAUGCAGGAAUUUAAUUACAAGACCUUUGGAGUUACAUAAUAUACUUAUCUAUAUCUAUAUUAAAGAUUCUUGCUCUAAAGAGCAACACACAUCUAUGCUCAUUCUGACAAAAGCCUUAAGCUAGAUAGUAAAAAAACUGUUUUUUUUUAAUCUUUCUUUCUUUGUUUUUGGAGGUACAUAUCAGCCGCUGCGUGAUUUUAUGAUUUGCGUGAAAAGGGGGUGUGAUGGGUCGUUUAUGGAGACAAAAUAUAACUUCAAAGAAAUGUUGAUCAUUGUAAGCCUAAGCUAGUAAACGUUCUCUUUUACCACCGUUGAUAUUUGUUAUCCAAUAUACUCGUAUUAUGUGCACAUGUAUUCUCUUUCCAUGUCUAGGAAACGAAAGUGCCGAAACUUACAAGUCGUAUAGCUUUUAAGGUCUGUUUUUGUCUCUGUCGAUUGAAUUAAUUACCUCUUCCCUACUAUAUCUGUAGUGUUUGCCAAUGUUGUACAAAUUACUUUCCCAAUUAAAAAAAACUUUUAUGUUACAAG